AUGGAACCUUCGCAUACGAUUCUUUUGGUUCAGCCGGUGGCACGCGUGGAAUCACGAACUUGGUCCGAUUAUGAGACAACAGAAGACUGCAUCGAAGGAAUUUGUAAGAUUUUCGAAGAACACUUGAAAAAGCACAAUCCGAAUACGGCAUCCAUCACGUACGAUGUUCAGAAUUUAUUCGAUUUCAUUGAUCGUUUGACGGAUCUGUCAUGUUUGGUCUGGGAUAGUUCGACAAACACUUAUGCGCCACAUAAUAAAGAAUGGAUCAAACAAGAGAUUUAUACGCUGCUCCGAAAACAGGCUUCCAUGUGA